UACGGAGAAAAGGAGGAAAAAGAAAAGCAAAAAGGCAAAAAGAGUUCGUGCGAAAAAAAAAAGAAAGAAGAGUUCGACUGUUCGAGCGAGGAGGGAGAAGAAGAGGGGGAGAGAGAGAGCCAGCAGCUAGCCAUGGCGGAGCACAAGGAGGAGGAGUCGUUGGUGGAGUCGGUGAUGGACAAGAUCUCCGACAAGCUCCACGGCCGCGGGGGCUCGUCGUCGUCGUCGUCGGACUCCGACGGGGAGAGGACGGCCGACUUGAAGGCCAAGAUCUACCGCCUCUUCGGCCGCGAGAAGCCCGUCCACUCCGUCCUCGGCGGCGGCAAGCCUGCUGAUCUCUUUCUAUGGAGGAACAAGAAAAUCUCCGUUGGGGUACUCGCUGGCGCCACGGCCAUCUGGCUGCUGUUUGAAGUCAUGGAUUAUCAUCUCCUCACCCUGUUGUGCCACUGUAUCAUCCUCACCCUGGCCAUGCUCUUCCUCUGGUCCAAUGCCUCAACUUUCAUCAACAAGUCCCCUCCUAACAUUCCUGAAGUGAAGAUCCCAGAGGACCUGGCUGUUAAUGUUGCUCGCUCACUGAGAUUUGAGAUCAAUAGGGGCUUUGCUACCUUGAGGGAGAUUGGUCAAGGGCAUGACCUGAAGAAAUUUCUGAUUGUUGUCGUGGGUCUCUGGGUUCUCUCUGUUCUUGGGAGCUGCUGCAAUUUCCUGACCUUGUUCUACAUAGUCUUUAUGGUACUGUACACCGUGCCUGUUCUGUAUGAGAAGUAUGAGGACCAAAUCGAUGCUUUUGGAGAGAAGGCCAUGAUCGAACUGAAGAAGUACUAUGCUAUUUUCGAUGAGAAAUGCCUCUCUAAGAUCCCCAAGGGUCCGUUGAAAAACAAGAAGCAUUAGAAAUUGUAGGAUGAGCCGUAGAAGGUACUAUGCUAAUUUAUCAUCCAGCCUGAUCACUAAUUGUCGGUUUUAAAGGAUGGCUACGAUUCCAUGCCUUUACUGAUAGUAAAUACCUACAUUUUGGUGUGGCUAGUAGUUGCGAUGUGCUGAACUUCAAUGAAUUCGAAUUAUGCCAGCAUGCUCUAUCUAUAUCCUGUUUUCAAACUCAUGUUUAACUCAACUUCCGCCCCUGGAAGCUGUUGGUACUAAGUGCUAUCAAUAUGUGACUUAUCUUUAUGGUAUUCCAUUUGAAA